AUGUGCUCGUCUAGUACUUCAUGCUCAUACAAAAAUGUGCAUCAGAAUAAAAAGCCUUUCCAAAUAGAGCGCAGACCAACAAUGCUCAAGGAUUUCCUCAAUGAAAAUUCCAAUUCAUGCUCUUCAAGCGGGUUCAAAUCAUUUCCAAGAAAACCAGAGCUUAAUUGCAAAACAAGUAACCCAAAUCCAACCACCACCGUUACUAGCAAGUUACACAGAAGCAGAUCAAAAGCAGCAUCAACCACAAUCUCAGCAUUCCAGUCCUUCAUGAACGCAGUAAAAAACAUCCAAUUCACCGCAGUAAAAACUCCCUCACUUUUACCAAGGAGCCUCUCACGGCGGCUGUCGAAAAGGAGCUCGUGGUCAAGGAAGCAGUCUCUUCAAACUCAAGUCCAAAUCAGUGUCAAAGUCAAAGAUAUCCUACGGUGGACAUCGUUCCGCGACGAGAAGUUACCUCAACCUCUGCCGUGGGAUUUCGCUUCUUCACCUCACCAUUGUACCACAGCCACCACCACAACUACUACUACUACUUGUAGUAACAGUAGCAAUGGGUCAAGCUGGUGUGACAGUGAUUUUACCGCGGAAUUUUUACCGUCUCCAGGCGGUGGUGAAAAUGAGAUGGGUAAAAAGUAUUCACCGUGUGUCGGCCGGGGUACCAUGGAGGCUACGGCAGGAACAGCGAGGUGCAGUGAAUUGGACCGCAAGGUUGAGAUGCUAAUUGGCGAUGAAGAUGAGCAACACAGCCCAGUUUCUGUUCUUGAUUUCCAAUUUGGGGAAGACGAUGAAGAGACGUUUUCGAAUACUUUUGACCAAAGCCUUGCCAAUGUGGAGAGAACGAAAGAAAUGCUUAUGCAGAGGAUCAAUUACUUUGAGAGUCUUGCUGACCUAGAUGCUGAUUUCGACUCAUGGUUGUCACCGGAAGAAGGUAUCCACUUCGAAAGAGAAGAAGAAGAUCAUGGAAUUGAAGAGAGGGCAUUGGAACUCUUGCAUUUUAUCAGAGCAACUGGCUUAACACCAGAGAGCUGCGACGACAAAAUGGAAGAUAAGUUAAUGUUGGAUUUCUUCAGGGAAGAAUUAGGUAGUGCACAAAGAUGUAAUAAAUCAGAUGAUGCGUUUGAUUGGGAGAUUGUUAGCAAAGCAAAAGCUUGGAUUAAAGUCGAAAAUACUGCAACCUUUGAGUGGGGACUUGAGCACAAGAACGAAGCCAUUGUAAGAGAUAUGCAUAAAGGAGGGAAGUGGAUUAACAAUUUUGAGGAUGAGCAAGAGGAGUUGGCAUUAGAAAUCGAGACUGCCGUGCUUGAGUUCUUGGUGGAUGAGCUUUCCAUUGAUCUCCUAUUGAGAUAA